GUGACUAACAUCCUGCGACCCUUGUACCUCCUCAUAUCUCCAUCCAGACUUGUAAAUAGCCUGACGUAAAUGACCAGUCAACGUUGACCUUCGCCCCGACCUCACUGUUUACAUACUGCUGGUGUGUUUACAUACCUUCUAUCCCCCCAUGUUGUGUGGGUAGCUGCGCAUGUUUACAUGACGCAAAACGUUGCUUAUAGGCAAUGUGAAUAUAUUCUGAACGUUUUGAAUGGAGGGGCGCGCUUCGACGCUGGCUUGGACUUGACGUGACCAGGAGAGACGAGAGCGGUUCACAGGUGCCACGUGGUUCCCGUAAUCUCCACCCUCAGCCCUGGGCCUGCCCAUGUGUGCCACCCUCAGCCCUGGGCCUGCCCAUGUGUGCCACCCUCAGCCCUGGGCUUGCCCAUGUGCGCCACCCUCAGCCCUGGGCUUGCCCAUGGGGUAACUUCAUUAGUCUCUGGAAGAGAUCCAUCGAUCUCGCGAAGAGAGAACCGUCAACAUUUUUUGGCAGCCACGGUCAAUAAGAAUCAUAAACAAUCAGUUGAUUUUAGUGAGGUGAAGAGUAGUGGACAAGCUGGUGGACGAGGAGAGGUGGGGCCAGGGCGUGUGGAGGAUGAGUGUCUCACGCUACGACGUGGACAUGGGUAGUGGUGGUGGUGGUGGUGGUGGUGGACACGUGUCUGUGUUGAGCCCCUCCCCGCAGGCCUACCACACCACCAGCCCUCCCCUCGCCUCCUCACACACCUACACCACCAACAGCAACAGCGGCGGGGCGGCCCUCAGCCCGCCCCCACCAUCAACGCCCAUGCCCGCACCGGCCACUCACUCCGUCAUCGUGCCCAAUUCCGCCGUCCUCCACCAGCAAGGUAGCUCGACGUCCUUGUGUGGCGUGGGCGUGUCCAUUGUGGGCGGCGGGGAGAUGGUGAUGACGGGCGUGAUGACCCUGGCGUGUGCCAUCUGUGGGGACAGGGCCACCGGGAAGCACUACGGCGCCCACUCCUGCGACGGCUGUAAGGGCUUCUUCCGUCGCUCCGUCAGGAAGAACCACACUUACAACUGCAGGUUCACCAGGAGCUGCACCGUCGACAAGGACAAGAGGAACCAAUGCCGCUACUGCAGGCUUCGCAAGUGCAUCAGGGCCGGCAUGAAGAAGGAAGCUGUGCAGAACGAGAGGGACCGGAUUAGCACCCGGCGGCCCAGCUAUGACGAGCCUGGAGGACCCACCGCCAUCACCCUUUCAACCAUCGUCAACGCUGAGCACCUCUCACGUCAGUUCUCUCCAGCUGUUGGGGAUGUGAGCAUGAUGAACAAGAAGGUGGCCGGGGUUAUGGAUGUGUGUGACAGCAUGAAGCAGCAGUUGCUCAUAUUAGUCGAGUGGGCCAAGUACAUCCCUGCCUUCUGUGACCUCAUCCUUGAUGAUCAGGUGGCACUUCUGCGGGCCCAUGCUGGAGAGCACCUGCUGCUUGGGGCUGCGUGGCGUUCUAUGAACAUCCAGGAUAUGAUCCUCCUUGGCAAUGACUGUGUCAUCCUCAGAAACUCUUCUGGUAUUAAUAAUUUUGAGAUGGAACUCAGCAGAAUUGGUCAGCGGAUCAUGGAUGAACUUAUCCGGCCACUGCGAGGUGUCCAAGUAGAUGAACAUGAGUAUGCAUGUCUCAAAGCUAUUGUCUUCUUUGAUCCUGUUAUUCGAGGUCUGCGUAAUGUCGAGAGAGUGAAGGCUCUACGUUAUCAAGUACAAUUGUUGUUGGAAGACUACAUCAAUGAUCGACAGUAUGAGUCACGUGGUAGAUUUGGAGAGAUUCUACUCACACUCCCAGCAUUACAGUCAAUUACAUGGCAGAUGAUAGAGCAAAUCCAAUUUGCCAAGCUCUUUGGGGUUGCUAGGAUUGACAAUCUGCUACAGGAAAUGCUUUUGGGAGGAGCAAAUGGUGAUGCUGUAAAUGGUGUCUCAACUGGGUCUGGAGGUGGAUACGGUGGAGGUGAUGGAGGAAUUGGAAUAGGAGUACCAGCUCCUCCUCCUGGUGGUGUUGGUCUCCCAAUACCUUUAGGAGCUGCCACUGCAGCCGGAGGUGGAGUGGCCAUGGGAAUGAAUACUAGUGGGGAAGCCACACAGAUGCCUACUUCUCCGCAUGCUUCUCAAUGCCUGUCCUCAUACAACAACAGUGAAGGGACCAAUGGUCAUUCAGGGGUUAUAACUCGGGACACGACAAAAGAUCAUGGACAGCACAGAAUGGAGAGAACAUUUAAGCAAGAAGCUACUGAUUCAAAUUAUGAUUUGUGAAAUAAAAUAUUUUUGUAGUUAUAAUUUUUAAAAGACAGCACCAUGAAAUGCAACCUCCACCACCUUUGAGUGAGGCAUCAGAUUAAGUACUGUGACUAGUUACAGAAUUUCUGAUCAUUACUUAUUCGUGGGAUCGACUUGUUUUCAAGUACAGUACUCUACAGCAUUUCAUGAAUUAUUACUCGUGUAUAUAAAAAUAUUUAUGAUGGUGAAAAAGCCAAAUAUUAUGUCCCCCCAUUCAAGCUCAGUUUUACUUUAUAAAUAUUGUUAAAACUUAUUAUUUCAUACCUGUCCUUUAAUAAAAUAGAAUAAGAAAAAUUGUAUUUUUUUUAGGUUACUGUAUACAAUAUAUAUAUAAUUCAGUA